GAGUUUAACACCGAAGCAAGCAACAAGUUCAUCAGUGAUUUGUGCGUUAAACACAAUAUUGAAUGUCCUCCACCACGUACAACUGCUCGUUUGCUUGAUAAAUUGGUGGGUGAAUUCCUGGAGGAACAAUGCAUCAAUCCAACAUUCAUUUGCGAUCAUCCUCAAAUCAUGAGCCCAUUGGCCAAAUAUCACCGAAGUGUUCCAGGCUUAACGGAACGAUUCGAAUUGUUCGUUAUGAAGAAGGAAGUUUGCAAUGCAUAUACCGAAUUGAAUGAUCCGGCCGUUCAACGUGAACGCUUCGCACAACAAGCCGCCGACAAGAAAGCUGGCGACGAUGAAGCUCAAUUAGUCGACGAAAACUUCUGCACAUCACUUGAAUAUGGACUGCCACCAACUGGAGGAUGGGGCAUGGGAAUCGAUCGAUUGACUAUGUUCUUAACCGAUUCAAACAACAUCAAGGAAGUACUUUUGUUCCCUGCUAUGAAGCCAGAGGAUAAUCAACCACAUCCGGUCACCGAUGAAAGCGUUGCACAAAAAUAAAUUCUCUUCAGCUUUAAGCUGCCGCUACACCAAGUGACUAUUUAUUUACAAUUUCAGUAUCCAUUUCGGUUCGCCAAACCGAUUCUACUAUCCUCUAGAAGGAAAUUUAAAAAUGUUUCAAUACCCCUCAUCACUGUUUAACUUGGUUCUUCUGAAAUAUGCUAUUGAAUAAAUUCGAUACUUUAAAAAAA